UGUCCCUCCUAGAGUAUCUGCUGGUGUUGUGUUAUCGUGUGGUCUUUCGGAAACCUCAGGCCGGUGUUCAAUCUGAUCCUGUCCGUCUAGCUGAUCUAUGCCUAGGAAGGAGACCUGUCCGUCAGCCUCCUUGCAGUGAUAGUUAUUGUGUGUGGGCUGGCCCUGGUGGCAGUUUUUCUCUUUCUCUUUUGGAAGCUGUGGUGGGUGCCCUGGAGGAACAAGACGGUGUCUUCUAACCCGGCGGUUACACAGAACAUCUCAACCUUUUCUGGAGUCAACAGCGAUAAAGAGAUCAUGGCUGAUAAGCUCAAGGAUUCUGGCUCCUUAGGGUUCCUGGAGGCUGCAGUUAAAAUUAGCCACACAUCUCCUGACAUACCAGCAGAGGUCCAGAUGUCGAUGAAGGAGCACAUGAUGAGGCGCACAAGGAUACAGAGGCAAGCAACUGAACCAGCAUCUUCCACCAGGCACAUCUCCUUUAAAAGGCAUCUGAACCGUCAAAUGCACGUGUCUAGUGUUGAUUUUGGAGACACCUUGCAAGUUACAGAACAACCAACAAGCAUUGGAAGGAUCAAACCAGAAUUAUACAAGCAAAAGUCAGUGGAUUCAGAAGACACUAAGAAAGACAAUGGCAAGACUUGUGGAAAAAUCAACUUUACCCUAAAAUAUGAUUAUGAAAACGAAACUCUUAUAGUCCAAAUUCUCAAGGCCUUUGACCUUCCUGCCAAGGAUUUUUGUGGUAGCUCUGACCCAUAUGUGAAAAUUUACCUUUUGCCAGAUAGAAAGAGGAAAUUUCAGACCCGGGUCCACAGAAAGACACUCAACCCAACUUUUGACGAAUCAUUUAACUUUCCUGUUCCGUAUGAUGAACUACCCAGUCGAAAACUCCACCUCAGCGUGUUUGACUUUGAUAGGUUUUCCAGACAUGACAUGAUAGGUGAGGUAAUAUUGGAUAACCUGUUUGAAGACUCAGACCUUUCAAGGGAAUCAUCUAUCUGGAAGGAUAUUCAAUAUGCUACAACGGAGAGUGUGGACCUCGGAGAGAUAAUGUUCUCCCUCUGUUAUCUACCUACUGCAGGGCGUCUGACCUUAACUGUAAUUAAAUGUAGAAAUCUCAAAGCAAUGGACAUCACAGGUUACUCGGAUCCAUAUGUCAAGGUGUCCCUGCUAUGUGAUGGACGCAGGUUAAAAAAGAAGAAAACUACAAUUAAGAGAAACACUCUUAACCCUACAUACAAUGAAGCCAUUAUCUUUGAUAUUCCACCAGAGAACAUGGACCAAGUCAGUCUCCUUAUCUCAAUUAUGGAUUAUGAUCGAGUUGGACACAAUGAGAUUAUCGGUGUGUGUCGAGUAGGUAAUAGCACAGAAGGACUUGGAAGAGAUCACUGGAAUGAAAUGCUGGCAUAUCCACGGAAACCAAUAACACAUUGGCACCCGCUGAUAGAAAUGAAGAAGUCAUUUAAAGAGUGGCAAGGUCGUGCAGCAAGCAUUGAUAGCCAAGGCUCUUGCCCAUCACCAAAACCUCCAGCAACUCCAUGAGAUCUACAACUGUCGACACAGGAUCUCUACAACUAUGUUCAGGACUUGUUUAUGAAUCCUACAGAAAAUCUCCCACCUCCUAAACAGCAAGUCAUAAAAGUCAAUAAAUCAAAAGGAUUUAAUUUUAUGUCAGAGAUGGGAGAUCACAAAAUGUUUAAGUGGUUUGGUUUUGUCUUCGUCUGUUGUUUCCUGAGAUGUCGCAGUUUGAUGUUACCCAGGUUCAGACUGGAGUGAUGACCUAAAGAAAUGAGAACAGACUUAGUGCUUGAUCCAUAUGCAGAAAGAUACUUGAAGGUCUUGAAAGCUUUGUGUUGAGUGGACAUUGAAUGUAUAUUAAAUUAUUAUUAUUUUUUUCAAGAGAAAGGGUUGACCGGUUGCAGACAGUGAAAACAUUGUUUUAGUGUUUCCUAAAGUUUGGUGCUUAAGAGAUCAAUAGCAAGAGUUAGGUUUGACACAUUUAUGGAUUUUUAUGCUAUAUUAAAGUUUUGAAAUACCUGUAUGUUCUUUAUACGUGAUAUGAGAAAACUUUCAUUCAUUUGA